CCCAGUAAAUUUCUGACAGCUGCCCGAACUCUAGAAAUUGUUCAUUAGAAAGGAGCAAGGGGCUGCACGGUGAAGCUGCCCGAAAUCUCCGCGGGCAGGUCCGAACUCCGAGACCCAUUAGUCCCACUGCCUGCCUCUACUUAGAUUGCCUACGCACAUAAACACAUUCAUUGUAGCCUAAGCCACUGCUGGUUCUCUGCCCAUCACCACCAUAUCCAUCGCCGUUGGAAGGUGGCUCUGGAGGAAGUGAUCUCAGGCCACCUUUCAAUGCGAUAAGGAUAGAGUGAGUUUGGGGAGAUGGGUCAGGGACUGAGUUGCAGAGAGACCCCUCAAAGUGGACUAUUUGGACCUCUCCAGGAUGGAGAAUUGGAGCUCGUUGAGGCUAUGCUGGAAGCAGACCCAAGUGUUUUUCAGCAGAGGAAAGGUCGUGCGAGGUUGUCUGCGUUGCAUGUAGCUGCUGUUGAGGGUCAGAUCGAGGUUCUCUCUCUGCUUUUGGAUCGGUCUGUUAUCAAUCCGGAUGUGGUAGAUCGACAUAAACUGACCCCGUUGAUGUUGGCUGCAAUAAACGGGAGGAUCGCUUGCGUCCAAAAGCUUAUCCAAGCUGGAGCAAAUAUAUUGAUGUUUGAUUCCCUGAAUGGAAGAACCUGCCUGCAUUAUGCUGCCUACUAUGGUCAUGCAGACUGCCUCCAAGCCAUUCUUUCUGCUGCCCAUUCCUCCCCUGUAGCAAGUUCUUGGGGAUUUUCAAGAUUUGUGAACAUAAGAGAUGCAGGUGGUGCAACCCCAUUGCAUUUAGCAGCCCGCCAAAGUCGGCCAGAGUGCGUUCAUGCUCUUUUAGACAAUGGGGCUCUUGUUUGUGCUUCAACUGGUGGAUAUGGCUACCCUGGAAGCACACCGCUUCACUUAGCUGCACGUGGUGGAUCUUUAGAUUGUGUCCGAGAGUUACUUGCUUGGGGUGCAGAUCGGCUUCAAUUAGAUGCAUCUGGGAGAUUACCGUAUACAGUUGCUCUGAGGCGCAAGCAUCGAGCUUGCGCAGCUGUACUCAACCCUUCAUCAGCGGAGCCUCUUGUUUGGCCAUCACCUUUGAAGUUCAUCAGCGAGCUUAAUCCAGAGGCUAAAGCUUUGUUAGAAAGGGCGUUAACAGAAGCAAACAUGGAGAGGGAGAAAGCUAUCUUGAAGGAGGCAGUAAACUCACUUCCAUCUCCUUUGCAUUCAGAUGCAGAGACUGAUGAUAAUGCCUCUGAGGCUAGCGAUGUGGAUCUAUGCUGCAUAUGCUUUGACCAGUUAUGCACAAUUGAGGUCGGACCAUGCUGUCAUCAAAUGUGUGCACAUUGUACCCUUGCCCUAUGCUGCCACAAGAAGCCCGAUCCUUCAACUACUUGUCCUACAGUCCCAGUUUGCCCCUUUUGCCGAACCACCAUUACCCAACUGGUUGUGGCCAAUAUUAAGGCCAAUAAUGAUGUGGAGCUGGAGAUGAGUCCAUCAAAGCCGAGGAGAUCAAGAAAGUCUAAUGUCAGUGAAGGUAGCAGUAGCUUCAAGGGGUUGUCUCCUAUGAGCUCAUUUGGAAGGAUGGGCGGUCGUAGCUCAGGAAAGAUAGCCGCUGAAACCAAUGAGGAGAUCCAUAAGCCUUGACAAGUGAAGUUGUGGACUUGUUCUCUUUGAACCAGUUGGUAGUCCAGCAGAUGGAGGAGCUAAGCUGUCUUGGAUUUACUUGGGGAGAGUGAUCCUCACUGGUAUGUUUUCCGAUUCAUCUGGAGGGUCUUAAAUGCCUAAUCGCGCAUGAGAAUAUAGAUGUCCUUCAGUACCCUGGAUCUGAAGGUUUUGUUUCUUUGAGUCAUGUUGAGUCUGUUUUUCUUUAAAUUAAAGAAGCAGCAAAACAUUCAAGGGUUUCUCCCCAGUUAUAAAUAUAAUUCUAUUUUAAAUAAAUAAAACUGCAAUUACCAUCGCUUCCCUUGUCAUGGAAGGAGAUA